AAAAUCCGUGCAAAUAUAAAUCUUUUUUUUCUUCGUGAAAAAAGAAUUGAUAAAAUAAUGGAAGAUAGUACGAAAAGAAUUUGGAUUCAAAGUUUGGCAGAGUUUCUUGGAACUGCAUAUUUUAUAUUCUUUGGAGUUGGAGGUGGCCUUGCACUCUCAAAUAAUAUCACGGAUACUUAUCCCGGUGUUGGACUCAUCGCGGGGCCGAUUGCAUGGGGAUUUUCACUCGUGGUAAACGUUUGGAUUUGGGCCCCAAUUUCGGGCGGAGUGCUUAAUCCAGCUAUCACCAUCGGAUUAAUGAUCAUUGAAGCCGAAUUUCGUUACACCAAAGGAAUUCUAUAUAUUAUUGCACAGUUCUUAGGUGCUGUACUUGGUGCAUAUUUAAUUGAAGUUGUUCAACCUGGUCCAGAUGGUGGCGCUACUACUUUGGCUGAAGGAACUACAAUCCUGGAAGGAUUGUUGUUAGAAACGUUUUGUACUUCAAUACUUACAUUAGCUGUGUUCAUGCUUGCUAUCGAAAAACAUGCAAAAUUUAGAUGGAGUAAAGAACAUGAGACACCAAAAAGGGAUGAAACA